UGGAUUUGGAAUUAUUCGUUCCCAGGCCCGUGUGAGGAUCUUUUCACCGCAGAGGUGAACUGGUACAGUGUAUCUAAGUGCUUGUACUUCAUUUUUGUGGCGCGAAUCGAGAGAAAUCUACCGAAUUCAUCUCGGAUUCAAGAAAGUCCACUUGAAAAUUUUGACCUUGUUGCAUUCCUGCGUUGCUGCUGAUGUUGCUCAUUAUAUAGCCAUGAAUGAAUGUAUUAAACCCGUUGGUAUAAUGCCGAAUCAUUUAGACUUACGCGAGAUCACGUUCACAAACUUGUUGCUGUUGGAUUUCAACCCUGCAGAAAUGGAGUCCAAAUACAGAGUAGUGUUUAACCGUGACAUGUUUGUAUUACCAAACAAGAAAGCUAUGGAAGUUGUUAUGCAUUUUCUUUUCACAAGACUUCAUCCACAGCUGGCAUAUGAAGAGUUUAGAGAUUGUUGGCCUGUCCGUGAUAAACUACUUGAACAACAGUUUAGAAAAGUCUGCUUCAACUGGGUAUCCAGAAUACAGAAGGAAGACCCAGAAGCAAGGUUACCUAGAAUUGUUCAAUCUCUUUUCCACUCUCCUGGAGGAGACCGUUUUUACUCAUUUCUUCAUCACUUCUCCUUGUAUAUUUUAACAAAAGUUAUGUACCGUGAUCAUGGUAAAAUAAUCAGUAUUCCUACUUUUCCAACAAAGACAGUUCAUAACCAUUCCUUUACUCAUGUCAUGUCAAAAGCACUGGAAGCUCAUUACAUUGUGCUAAAGAAGAGAUUUAUAGAGUUUACCCAGCAUGCAGUAGAAGUGGAACAUCAUUGGAAAGAAUUUGCCAUGGAGUCUACAAAGGAGUUUAGAUCUUUAGUAAAAAAGAAGCGUGAUCUUGAAAGACAAGUUAUGGAAUUGGAUGGAAUGAUUGGACCACGAGGUACAAAUACUGGUAUGAAAACAGACUACCAAGAAGAAGUAGAAGCUCUCAAAAGAACACAAAGUUUGCAAAAGAUCCGUGAUCUCUGGGCUGGAAUUGCUGAAUUCCACUCUGUACAAGCUCCUCAGAGAAGAAUAGUGGAUUCAGUGCUUAAUGGUGAAGCAAAUAAAUACCACAUUGAUGCUUCUGAGAUUCAACCAAGGGUUCCAGACUUGCUGUUGAGAGACUGUGAAAGAGAGAUAAGAAAGAGAAAUAUCGAGGACACUUACAUUGGUGGAAAAGUGAAUCUUUUUAGCCUGAUUCAACUAUGGAAUUUGUCUCUUAGCAAAAUCAAGGAGCAAAUUUCUCAAGAGCCUCUUCCCAGUUUUGAAGAUGAAAGUCCAACAAUGAGAUCAGCACUUCACACUCAUCAUGCUCAUCUUACCAAUGCCAAGUCUCUCAGGGCAGCAAUUGAGGAGACAAUGCCUGCCAUGAAGGAAUCUAUCAAGGAAAUGAAGUUGCAAUGUUACAGGACUCUGGAACAGAAACAGAGCAAGCCAUUAGAGGCACCUGUCUUAUUUAAUCUAGGCCUGGUGCCUCCUACCCCUCCAGUAUCCUUUGCUGCUGCCGACACACCAGCUGCAGAGAGGAUCACAUCUUUUCAAGAAAGUCUAAAGAUGUCACCAGAUACAGUUUCUACUCCAGAUGUGAUCCAAGCAUGGACCAAAUCUGCCAGAAGAAAACAGUUACAUGACAAACAAGAAUCCGUCUCAAAGCUUAAAGACAAAAAGGCUGUGCCUUCAAGACUUCCACGACCACAACAGCAUCCGCCACCAAAUCAAACUCUAAACGCCAUGACGGUAACCUCCAAGUCAACUGAGAGGAGGAAAACGAAGUCUUCUGCACAAGUCCAUACUGAGAAAAGUGUCAGCUAUCCACAUUAUGUUACCCCAAGAGCAAAGCAAGUUAAGAAUGGAUCAAAAGAUUUGCCAGUAAACCUGAAACCACAGAAUAUUUUAGCAGAUCAGAUUGCAGAUGCCAUUGCAAUGACCGAAACGACCUCUAGUUCUCUGUCGUCCUCAGCUCCUUCUUCUCGUUCCAGCACUCCCCAGGCUCAAGCAUUAGUGGAUCCUGUAGGUGCUUUAGGACAAGAUGCUUUUCAGCCUCGAGAUCGUAUACCAAGAACACCAGCCAAGACGGAGCCGACUGGAUACAAGGAUUCAGCGGAAAAAACCUUGCUUCAACCAAGACGUGACACCAAACCUGGUCGUUUUCUCGAAACCAUCCUUGAUGAGUCUGCUGAAUCAGCCGGUCCCAGUCCAGUUAAGGAAGAAGCUGUAACUAGCCUCAGUUGGUCUGAUGUCAGAUUCCCUCCGAAUUCACUCAAUACUUCUCUGUUUCACGAAACACCACCUGAGAAUGGUACGUCAUCUGCGCUUCCGACCACAAUUCCUGACUUUUCUGAUGUAAAGAUCGCUUCAAACCCUGCUGUAAAUGAGCGUUUUAACCACUCCAUUGCUAAGUCCACGCCAAAGUCUGUUAAGAAAGCUCUCUUUGAGGAAUCGCCCCAAUCCCAAGAAGUGUCAUCGCAACAACAGCAUGUCACACCGAGGCACCAAGUUACACAUCAAACACCAAUGUCAGCCAGGGUACCUCUGUCCAUGGGGCCAUCACCACAACUUGAUUUCUGGCUGCUUCCCCAUGAUAGAAAUCUGGAUAAUUCUGGUGUUCAGGCCACGCCUAUGUCAGCGAGAAGUGACCUCUUUGAAGAAACGUCUUUAGAGAGUGGUAAUUCGUCGUUCAAUGGCAUUGAAUAUCUCAGUAGAUUUGGUGAGCAGGCUGCACCCGAAACAGAUGAAGUCGCUCUAUCAGUGGAAAGAAGAUCGCAACCUGAUCUUUUUCGGUUGCAACUGGGUGGCUCCCCUGUUCGUUCAGAGAUGCAACCUACAUCAGAAUCAGAGAACAAUUCACUCCUUCCGAAUUCUUACCAAGAGCAGCGAGAUUAUACCGCCGAGCUUAAACUUGUUGACACAAGAGAGUUUGUUGAAAGACUGAACAGGAUCAAGCAGCCAUCUCUGCAACGUGGCGCUAGUGGUUCACCACACAGUCCCUCAGGAGAGCAAACGCCCUUAGACACAGCUCGGAUUAGAGGAGCGUCAACACUACACGACAGUGCAACACGUGAAAUGGGCUUUGACCCUUCAGCUGUACUCACCACACCUAAUUCAAGCCAGAUGUCCUAUUUCGGGGAUACACGGCCAGGGCGUGGCACUCUUUUGGAGCAGGAUGAAACGAUCCAAUCCCAUUCAAGUGUGCAUCAAACACCGAAGCCAGCCGCAUUUUUUAGAGAAACGUCAUUUCAAAAUACCUCAUCCUCUUCAUAUGAGGUCGACACUUCAGCGCUGAUUCAGAGACUAAAUAAGAUUAAACUAACACAACAAUCGUUUACUACACCACAUUACACGCCAUCAAAACCGCUAACCUCCCAGGCUGAAGAAAGCUUCCCUGGGAAACAGAAUGCGGUGCAAACGCCUUCAGACACGUCACUUCUGGCCAGCAGGUUGGACCAAAUAAAACAGGCGCAAAAGAGCCAACAGGUCACCCCUGGAUCCAACACCGAUGGAGACUUGAGUACUAGUCGUACAAGUGAGCCAGCGUUGCUCACACCGCUGACUCCAAGCAGUAGGGGCACACCUUCGGAUGAUGGUACCAAGAAUGACUUUGCAAAUUUUUCAUUCAACUCCCCUCCGCAAACGACAAGUCUCCCUCAUUCACCGUAUUCUCCUCUCGAUAAAAGUUUCUUACAAACACCUCUAAAAAGCGACGUGGAUUUUACCAGUCCCUUUCAAGGAACACCUCCCGCAGUUUCAUCAGAGGGAGGCUUGAAUAGUGGAGGUCUGGCACUGUUUGAAGGUUUGCCAUGGGAGACAGCAACACCGAAGCUUCCACAAAGAAACACAAAUAGGACAGGUCUUGUUUCUGAAGAAAAAAGUUCCACGACAUCUCACAUGAUAAAUGGUCUUCAUACUUCCGUACCUUUCAGCAUAUCGUCGCCGCUUUUAAUAAAUUCUGUUCAGCGCCCGGACAAUUCCCACGGCGGCCCUGGGACGAAACAAACUCCUUCAAGCCUCUCUGCUCAAGAAACAUCACCGCGUCUUGAUCUGCUGGCGUCUCCGUACUCCUACCAAGGGGAUGUUUCGAGUCAUGUGACACCCUCGUGGCAAGAUCUCCGUCACUCGCCUGUGAUUGGUCAGUUAAUUGACUUUGAGUAGCUUUUUAAUUUUAGGCAGAACACGGUGCGCGUGGAGCUAAUCAUAAACCGAACAUCAACAUUAACGGUAUUUGUUAUUGUGCACUUUUCGCUUGUAGAAUAUUCCACCUCAACUGAAAUGAACAAAAAUGAAAAGUAACUUGUGAACAAUGUGAAUACGACUGUUAUGAGAAUCACCGAAUGACGGCUAUGUUGCUAUAAUACCGUGAUUACUGUUCCACGGCGUGUAUUUUAAACCUUGGAAUUUGUGGAUUGGGGUAAACUAAAAGGAUAUAAAUAAGAAGAAAGCUUACUAGA